UACUUUGUUUCCUCUUAGAAAGAUAAGAUUGCUUUUUUUUUUUCUUCAGGUCAUUCUUGAUUUUGGAGGAACUGUUAACAUCUUUUCGCAGAAAUUUGUUAUUUAAUUUCGUAAAUGGGAUCGAUGGUGAAGAAGUUGAAGCAGAAACUGAGAUCUGAGAAAAACAAUGAAAAGGACUUUCAAGAAAAAAGCUGGUUCUUGGAGAACGGAAGCAUCUUGUUACAAGAACUCAUCGCUGAUUGUAAUGGCAAAUCCGUGCCUCUACGCAGUUUCUCUUUCGAUCAGAUCCUUAAAUCCACAAAGAACUUCGAUUCCACCUGUUUUGUCGCCUUCGAGGGUUUCCACACGUGGUGGUACAGAGGUAUCAUCGAAAACAGAAGCUACAUGAUCAAGAGAUACCUCGUGGAUAAAGGUACAGAACACAAAGUAGGAGAGGUUUACAAUGACUUCGUCUUGUCUACUCGGGUGAGUAAUCACAGCAACUUUCUCAAAUUGUUGGGAUACUGUUUGGAGUCUUGUUAUCCUGUUCUUGUGUUUGAAAACGCAGAACAUGGAGUCUUGAAUCAGCGAGGAGGUGUUAUGGUUAACUUGGAGGAAGAAUCUUUACUUCCGUGGAAUGUUCGGUUAAAGAUUGGGAAGGAGAUUGCAAAUGCGGUGGCUUAUCUUCACACAGCAUUCCCUAAGAUCACAGUUCAUAGAGAUGUUAAGCCAACACACGUUUUCUUGGACAAGAAUUGGACUGCUAAGCUGUCUGGCUUCUCUCUCUCGAUAACGUUACCUGAGGGAAAAUCGAAAAGCUCGAUUGUUCCCGUGGUGGGAACAUCGGGGUUCAUAGAUCCGUUAUACCGUGUCACGGGCUCCGUAACGGAAUAUACCGAUGUGUAUAGUUUUGGGGUCUUUUUGAUGGUUCUUCUAAGUGGUAGACCGGUUUUUUUCACCGGAUCUAAUCGCAAGCGUGAAGGAAUUCUUGGUUAUACGAAAGACUUGUAUGAGAAUGGACAACUUGAUGAAGUAAUGGAUCCGGUUUAUCCAACGAUGAUGGUGAAAGACAUCACAAGUGGUGAAAGAUUGCAAGUGGAAGCGUGUGUUGUCCUUGCUUUGAGAUGCUGCGAGAAGAGAUAUGAAGACAGGCCAAAGAUGAUCCAAGUAGCUAAAGAACUCAAACGGAUUGAGACAUCACUGAAGAGAUCCUAGCUAGAGAUCUUCUCUGUUCUUGGAAUAUAAAGCCAAGUUUGUAAUUCAUACAUGCAUAAAUAAUUCUCUCGAAAAUUAAUAAAUGAUUUUGA